AUGGAAACAAAGAGAGUAACCUCUCAUGAAAAGGGCAAAUGUCCUGAGCACGCAUUAACAAAAAGAAGAGGAAAAGUUGAGGUCAAGUACAUAGAAGAUAAGAAUAAACGAAAUCAGACUCGCAGCACACGCAAGACUGGACUGUUUAAAAAGGCACUUGAGUAUGCUACCAUGACAGGAGACAGUACCAGACUGGAGAUAAGGGAUGAAUACUUUGACUCAUUUGAAGAAGGGCUGGUUUCAGACCAAUCAAACGCCGAUGUUGUCAUUACAGAGGUUAGUCGGAUUCCUCCUGUUCCGCAUUAUUUUCUGAAAUAUAUAUACACCUAUAUAAGUUAA